CAGAGCCAACCAUCAAAAAGUUGACAAUUUUCUAGCGCGCUCAGUCGAAAAUCGUUGCUAACCGAAGCCAAAAGGCUCUAGUACAAUUAAGAAACAAACUAAGAAAGAAAACUCUAGCGAACUUUUGCGAAUUUUUUAUUAUUACGAACGAGAAAAAUAAUAAGCAUAAUAUAUACUUAGAUACAGAUACUGUUAAUUGUUAGAGAGAGAUCAAAAGGAAACAACAACAACAGCAACAACAACAAGUACAACAAAUAGUCAAAGUUAACAAUAAAAAAAGAAAUACAAUUAAAAAAAAUGCCACUGCAACCGAUUGAGUCUCCCAAAUGCCCAGUGUGUGGCAAGAGCGUCUAUGCCGCCGAGGAGCGUCUAGCUGGCGGUUAUGUUUACCACAAGAACUGCUUCAAGUGUUCCGUGUGCAACAAAUCAUUGGAUUCGACCAAUUGUGCCGAGCACGAUCGCGAAAUCUUCUGCAAGCUGUGCCACGGCCGUAAAUAUGGACCCAAGGGCUACGGUUUUGGUUCCGGCGCUGGCACCCUCUCCUCGGACAACGGUGUCCACUUCCAAAACGGCAAUGAGCUGCCCGUGAGGAAUGGCGCCCGUCUCGAACCACGUGCGAUUGCCCGUGCGCCGGAAGGCGAGGGUUGUCCGCGUUGCGGCGGUUAUGUGUAUGCGGCAGAACAGAUGCUGGCACGUGGCCGCAGCUGGCACAAGGAAUGCUUCAAGUGCGGCACCUGCAAGAAGGGCCUCGACUCGAUUCUGUGCUGUGAGGCGCCCGAUAAGAACAUCUACUGCAAGGGCUGCUAUGCCAAGCAGUUCGGGCCCAAGGGCUAUGGCUAUGGUCAGGGCGGUGGUGCCCUGCAAUCCGAUUGUUAUGCCAACGAUGAGGGUGCACCGCAAAUGCGUGCCGCCAUCGAGGUGGACAGGAUUCGUGCCCGCCCCGGUGAGGGUUGUCCACGUUGCGGUGGUGCUGUGUUUGCCGCCGAGCAGAAGCUGUCGAAGGGUCGCGAGUGGCACAAGAAGUGCUACAAUUGCAAGGAUUGCCACAAGACGCUGGACUCGAUCAAUGCCAGCGAUGGACCCGAUGGCGAUGUCUACUGCCGCACCUGCUACGGCAAGAAGUGGGGACCCCAUGGCUAUGGCUUUGCCUGCGGUUCCGGUUUCCUGCAGACCGAUGGUCUGACCGAGGAUCAAAUUAGCUCCAGUCGUCCCUUCAUCAAUCCGGACACCACGUCGAUUAAGGCGCCCGAGGGUGAGGGUUGUCCACGUUGCGGUGGCGCCGUCUUUGCUGCCGAACAGCAGCUGUCCAAGGGUAAGAUGUGGCACAGGAAGUGCUACAAUUGCACCGAUUGCCAUCGUCCGUUGGACUCGGUGCUAGCCUGCGAUGGUCCCGAUGGCGACAUCUAUUGUAAGGCCUGCUAUGGCAAACACUUCGGCCCCAAGGGCUUUGGCUAUGGCCAUGCCCCCACCUUGGUGUCCACCACUGGUGAGUCAACCAUCCAGUUUCCCGAUGGUCGUCCGUUGACCGGUCAACGCAGCUCGGGCGGCUGUCCGCGUUGCGGUUUCGCCGUCUUCGCUGCCGAACAGAUGAUCAGCAAGAGUCGCAUCUGGCACAAGCGUUGCUUCUACUGCUCUGACUGCCGCAAGUCUCUGGACUCAACGAACCUCAACGAUGGACCCGAUGGCGACAUCUAUUGCCGCUCCUGCUACAGCCGCAACUUUGGACCCAAAGGCGUUGGCUAUGGUCUGGGUGCGGGCGCUUUGACAACGUUCUAAAAAUUGCAGCUGCAACUGCAACUGAAACUGAACUUUUAACUUAAACUUAAACCAAGCAGCAAUCGUUCCGAUUUAUUUGUUUUAACUUUUAUAGCUGUUUCAAAACCCCAACUAAUUAACUAUCCAAGAACAAAACUAGCUAACUUUAGUCUUCGGUUUUCCAACGAUUUUUUGAUUAACGACUUGCCGAAACUGCUAACGUUUUUUGUCCAUAGGUUAUGUGAGAAAUAAGCUUUAUGAACAAAUUACAAAACAAAAAAAAAAAAAACACAAAAAGUAAUGAGAAAAAAACAACAAAAAAAUAAAAGAAAAUUUUGAAAAAAACCAACAAAAAAAAGAAAUGUAUAAGUUGAACUUCAGAACUUAUAGUACGAAAAUAAAAAUCGAAUUAACGAAUUCAAGUAUCGACAAUGGCACAGGCAAAAUAAAUAAUAAUUAUUAUUGUAACAUAUAGCAGAGUAUGCAGGCUAACACAGCGCAAAACAGUUGCAUCUAUUCACUUGGACUGCACUGUAACGCAGACUACAAAUCUCACGAGAGCGAAAGAGACGAAGUGAAGAGGUGAAGAAGACAGCUGCAGUCAUUUAUCUAUUUCGAUGCGAAAUUAUAUGUAAUAUGCUCCAAUAUAUAAAAACAAAAUACAGAGAAUAUUCUAGA